AGCACGACGGGCCUGGAGCGAGAGGCCGAAAUCCGCUCCCGGAGCUGGGCGGCUGCCGUGGAGCUAAGCGUGCAACCCGCCUUCCGCUCCUGCUGCAGCCGGGCCCCGGGGGCCCCUUCGCAGCCCGCUCCGUCGGCACGGCCGUGGGAUUGUGUGUCCUGCUAUGAUGCCAGGGCAGAUCCCAGACCCAUCUGUGACAGCAGGUGCUCUGCCUGGUCUUGGGCCCUUGACAGGACUACCUGGUACCACCUUGACAGCAGAAGAGCUGAAGUAUGCUGACAUUCGCAACAUUGGAGCCAUGAUCUCACCACUGCAUUUCCUGGAGGUGAAACUGGGGAAGAGGCCUCAGCCGGUGAAGAGUGAGCUAGAUGAAGAAGAGGAAAGACGGAAAAGGCGCCGAGAGAAGAACAAAGUAGCAGCAGCUCGAUGUCGAAACAAGAAGAAGGAGAGAACAGAGUUCCUGCAGAGGGAAUCUGAGCGCCUGGAGCUCAUGAAUGCUGAACUGAAGGCCCAGAUAGAAGAGCUGAAGCAGGAGAGGCAGCAGCUGAUCUUGAUGCUGAACCGCCACCGCCCCACCUGCAUUGUGCGGACAGAUAGUGUCAAAACGCCAGAGAACGAAGCCAACCCGCUGCUUGAACAGCUAGAGAAGAAGUGAAGAGGGGCCUGAUGGGCCAAAGAGGUGGCAAAAGACAGACACGGAGCCCCUGAGAGUCUCUCAUCUAUGUACUGUACGAAGAACUGUGCACUAAGGAUUGGUGCAACCUGAACACAGUGAGCUUCCUUGAGGAUUGCACAUACCAACCAAAUAGAGGGAAUGGAAGAGCUGUUCACAGCCACACCAGGAGGGGGAGCUGUCAUCCCAGCCUAAGGCUCAGCCGGAGCGGGUGUGGCAGCUGCCGUGAGGGCUUUUCUGGUGCCUCAUCACGGCGUCUCAGCCUGCUCGCCGGUCUUGGAGACUCUUCAAAGAACCCCUUGCAGUCCACCUGAGUCUGGAAUACGCUGGGAUGCUGGGAGGUCAUGUUGUGGCUUCCCACCCGCCCACCCCUCUUCCCACAGUUGAGGGUUGGCAGCAGGGACAUCAGGUCUGAACCCCAGAGGAACCAGGGUAAGAGGAAGCUGACUGCAGGCAUUAGUUUCCUGCUUCCUUCCGUUUUGGGCCCUGCCUCUGCGCUCUCUCUCUCUCUCUCUCUCUCCAGAACGAAACCAGAAGCCAGAAACCAAGAAUGGCAAACACUUGACACAAGUCCUGCCUCAUUGCUGGGCCUGUCUGUGGCAUUGUGGCGCAGGCGCCCCCACAAGCACACCCUCAGUAUAAUGUUUACAGCCCAGCUGUCCAGGCCAUGCUUUUAAAAUGCACAUUUUUACACUUUUUUAUAUUUUUUACAAAGUUUUUUUUAUACAGCAGUCUCUAUAUGGAUUUAUAUAAUCACUAGAUGUGAUCCCAUAGAAAUGUAUUAUGUUCUUUGUUACAAAUGCAUAUGCCACAAUUAUCUCCAUUGUGUUAUUUGUUUGGUAGCGCCUGGCUCCUUUCCCUCGGCAUGCUGGGAAAUGGGCCUGUGCCUUCACAUUGGCUUUGCUGCCAAGUCCAUCCAUGUAUGUCCUUCAUAAUAUCAGUUCUGUAUCAAUAAAUGUUAACUUUUACUCA